AUGUCCGAACAGACUAACAAGCCUCAUCGUACGGGCAAGGAGAAGAAGAAGCCGACGGGGGGAGCAAACCCCAAGGCCUUCGCCUUCGCCAACCCGGGGAAGCUGCAGAAGCAGGCCACGCGCUCUCAUGACAUCAAAGAGAAGCGCCUCCAUGUUCCCUUGGUGGAUCGCCUCCCCGAGGAGGCACCACCCAUCGUCGUCGCUGUCGUCGGCCCUCCAGGUGUUGGCAAGUCGACUCUGAUUAAAUCCCUCAUCCGUCGCUACACGAAGCAGACCUUGUCGCAUCCCAUCGGCCCUCUAACCGUCGUUACCUCCAAGCGCCGCCGGCUCACCUUCAUUGAAACCCCGGCAGACUCUCUCGCAGCAAUGAUUGAUAUUGCCAAGGUCGUGGAUAUUGUGUUGCUCAUGAUUGAUGGCAACUACGGCUUCGAGAUGGAGACCAUGGAGUUCUUGAACGUGCUGAGCUCCACGGGUAUGCCUGGAAAUGUCUUUGGCAUCCUGACCCACCUGGAUCUAUUCAAGAAGCAGUCGGCGCUCAGCAUUCAAAAGAAGAGGUUGAAACAUCGCUUCUGGAGUGAGUUGUACCAGGGCGCGAAGCUGUUCUACCUCUCUGGCGUGGUGAACGGAAGAUACCCGGAUCGCGAAGUCCUUAACUUGUCGCGAUUUUUGUCCGUCAUGAAGAACCCAAGACCGCUCGUGUGGAGGAACUCCCAUCCUUACUGCGUGGCCGACCGCUUCCUCGACAUCACCCCACCGACCCAUAUUGAGGAGGAUGCAAAGUGCGAUAGAACCGUCGCGUUAUACGGCUACCUGAGGGGCACAAAUUUCCCAGCGCAGGGUGCUAGGGUACACGUGCCGGGUGUAGGAGAUCUGAAUGUGUCGAUGAUCGAGUCAUUGCCAGAUCCAUGCCCUACGCCAUUCCAAGAGAAGGCUGCUCAGCAGAUUACCGGAAAGUCGAAGAGCAGGAGACUCGGAGAGAAGCAGAAGGUCCUCUUCGCUCCCAUGUCCGACGUUGGCGGUGUUUUGGUCGACAAAGACGCCGUCUACAUUGAUGUGAAGAAGCCAACAUUCGACCCGAAUGCAGACUACGAAGAACGAGGCUUGGGCGAACAACUUGUUGUCGGAUUGCAGGGUGAGAGAAGACUGCUGGGCGAGGCUGACAAGGAAUUCAAGCUCUUUAGCAACGGCGGAGCAGUCAGCAGCAAUGCGGCAGAUGAUGACGCUGAUGACAAGGGGCGAACCAGUCGGCGCCACGCUCGUCUUGCGAGCAGAGUCGAGGAGGAGGACGAGGAAGAGUAUGGCAGCGAGGAUGAGGAGGACGAGGACGAGGAAAUGCUCGGAAGCGGCGAAGAAGAUGACGAGGACGACACCGGACACAUCGAGGAAAGUCGGCUUGGCCGCGCGUUCCGCAACAAUGACGAUAAAGCUGCGAACGGGGAUGAACAAGACGACAUUGCAUUCGCCGACAGCGACUCCGAUCUCGGUUCGAUUUCCUCUGUCGAAGAUCAAGACCUCGAAGACCCCGAUGACUUCAGCGACGAGGACGGUGAAGACGAAGGUUCCUCGGACGACGAAGGCGCACUGAAAUGGAAAGAGAACCUUGCAGAGACUGCGAGAAAAGCCCACGGCAAAAAACGACCUUACCGGACGACUGAGCUCGCGCGUCUAAUGUAUAAUGACUCUAUGUCCCCAGCUGAAGUUCUCCAGACAUGGAGGGGAGAGCAGAAAGAUGAAAAUGCCGAAGAACAAGACCCAGACGAGUUCUUCAAGGCCGUCAAGAACAACUCUACGGCGGAUGGCGAAGACCGCGCCAUUCCGGAGUAUAACUACGAAGCUCUGGAGGAGAAGUGGACCGACGCGGAUAACCUGGAGGCUCUGCGCCGCAGGUUUGCAUCGACCAGACUCGGAAAAGAUGAUGAUGAUGAAGGCUCAGAAGAUGAAUUUGAAGGCAUCGAGGAUGACGAUGAAGGCGACGGCGCCUUUGAAGACCUUGAGACCGGAGAAGUUGUGGGUGAGAAGGAGAGUGAAGAGGCCGAGGAAGCCAAGAUGCAGGAGGAGCGUGAUAAGAACGCGAGAAAGAAAGAAGAGCUCAGGCUCAGGUUCGAAGAAGAAGAUCGUGCCGGCUUCGCCAACGACAAGACCAACGAACGGGCAGAGGGCGGGGAAGGCGAAGAGUUCGGUGAAGACGACUGGUAUGACGCACAGAAGGCUGCUAUUCAAAAGCAGCUGGACAUCAACCGCGCUGAGUUCGAGCAAUUGGACGACCAGUCCCGAGUCCGCGUAGAGGGCUACAGGGCAGGCACAUACGCUCGCAUUGUACUCGAAAACGUACCCUACGAGUUCUCGGCCAACUUCAAUCCGCGUUUCCCGGUCAUCAUUGGCGGUCUUACGCCCACUGAGGACCGCUUUGGGUACCUUCAGGUGCGUAUCAAGCGCCACCGCUGGCACAAGAAGAUUCUCAAGACAAACGAUCCUCUCAUCUUCUCUCUGGGCUGGAGGAGAUUCCAGAGUUUGCCCAUCUACAGCAUUUCAGAUUCGCGAGUGCGCAACCGCAUGCUCAAGUACACUCCUGAGCACAUGCACUGCUUCGGUACAUUUUACGGACCGCUAAUCGCACCAAACACGGGUUUCUGCUGUGUGCAGAGCUUCUCCAACAAAAACCCUGGUUUCCGAAUCGCGGCGACCGGCGUGGUCUUGAAUGUUGAUGAAAGCUUUGAGAUCGUCAAGAAGCUCAAGCUGACUGGUCACCCCUACAAGAUUUUCAAGAACACGGCUUUCAUCAAAGACAUGUUCGGCACAUCUUUGGAAAUUGCCAAGUUCGAGGGAGCUAGCAUCAAGACUGUGUCUGGCAUUCGUGGCCAGAUCAAGAGAGCGCUCAGCAAACCAGAGGGUUGCUUCCGUGCAACUUUCGAGGAUAAGGUGCUCAUGAGUGAUAUUGUCUUCCUGAGGGCGUGGUUCCCUAUCAAGCCACACAAGUUUUACAACGCAGUCACCAACCUGCUGGACCUGUCGGGCGCAGAGGAUGGCGAGGAUAGCGCUUGGAAGGGCAUGCGUCUCACGGGCGAAGUGCGUCGGGCAGAGGGCAUUGAGACACCCCUGGAAAAGAACUCGGCCUAUCGCAAGAUUGAGCGCGCGGAACGCCACUUCAACGCACUGAGAGUGCCGAAGAAGCUUGCGAAAGACCUGCCUUUUGCAUCGCAGCCGACGCAGAUGCAGAAGCAGAAGAAGGAAACGUAUAUGCAAAAGCGUGCGGUUGUGGCUGGCAAGGAGGAGAGGGUGGCCCGGAAUCUCAUGCAGCAGGUCAUGACGCUGCGCAACGAGAAGGUGGCGAAGCGCAGAGACGCGCAAGAGAAGAGAAGGGAGGGCUACCGGAAGAAGGUUGCGGAGAACGAGGAGAAGAGAGCGGAGCGAGAGAAGCGCGAGAAGGCCGAGUACUGGGGCAAAGAGGGCCGGAAGAGAAAGGCUCAGGAGGCGGCGGCGAACCGUGGCGGGAAGAGACGAAGGUGA